AAGAGGACACAGUUUGAUGGCAGUCACUCGCAGCAGCCGCCCCUCUCUCUUCCUGCUGUGUAUUCAACAGGUGCUUUCUUUCUAAAGCUGAUGACCGAGGACUGGACAGGAGAGACGCUCACCAGUGUCUUCUACACCGGAGACCUCCUGCCCCUCGAGGCCUCUUACAGCAGUUCUGAUGCGGGAUACAGAAGCCUGUUUAUCGACGGCUGUGUCGCCGCUCUGUCUCCUGACCCGAGAUCAGCCCCCAGAUACUAUUUUAUCGAAAACCAUGGGUGCUUCAAUGAUGCCAAAGAGGAAGGAUCAAAUGCACUUUUCAAUCCCAGAACAAGAUCUUCUUCUCUUCAGCUGCAGCUCGAUGCCUUCCUGUUUCCCCAGGACACACGGAACUUAAUUUUUAUCACUUGCCAGCUGAAAGCGACCUCUGAAAAGCAGAAGAGCAGCCCCGUCAACAAAGCCUGCAAUUAUAUAAAUUCAAGAUGGAUAAAUGUCGAUGGCAGUGAUGUGUGUCGAUGUUGCGACGAUACAUGCUCGAGCAACUCUCCCACCGGUCAAACAAACCUCGGAUGUCUGAUCCCUGAAGAUUUGGUGGCACGUGAAACUGUUACUCUGGGCCCUUUGAUGGUUUUGCCAUACAAGUAGGCGAAGCAUAACAAUCCAGACAAUAAAGGAUUAAAUAUUUGUCUAUCAAUCUCACCCUCCCUGACCAAACUUCAGCGUAAUACUUAUAGCUUAAUACUAGCAAAACUAUUAUUUUAAUGAUUGUUUAGUAAGGAAUGUUUAUACAACAUAAACAUUAAAGAAACAAGAAUGUUUAGUCUUUACUGUUAAUACCUAACAUGGCUCUAAACAAAGCCACACAACUGGUCUGAUGAAACAUCCCCGUAAAUAAAAACAGAUUACACUGAAUGAACAUUAAAUGUUGCUGUCAGGAUAGACACGUAUCAGUGUUUGAAAGAGGAAAAUAAAAUGUGAAUUUCUCUUACCUUCAAAAAGCUGAAUGAAAAUAAGAAUGCAUGCGAAGCUCGUCUUCAUGGCCUUUUCAGUUAUGAACUCACUAAUAAAUACUAAAGUUGACUCGCAUUGUACUCUUUCCUUCAGUCUUUGUGAGGUUUUGUGGACAGCCUCACUUUAUUUAUUGUUCUUCACCUCUGAGCAGGAAGGGGAAAUCAAAGCAAGAACAGCCGUUGAAACGCUGCAGUUGGUUUUGCACACACUGAUGUUUAACUGAAUUUGAAAUAAAACUCAGGAUGUUAUGCAUCAGACUUUAAAA